CCAUCACAUUACACACAUUCAUUCUAAACACAUAACAUCAUACACACCAACACACUUACUCUCACACACUCUUGCACUGACACUAGCUGAUGUGAGGUCACUGACAAGGACACAGAGAAAACUUAUAAUUUAAGAAAGAAAACUGUCAAAGUUUAGAGAAGAGGUUUGCUUGGACUACUGGAGAUCUGUAUUGUCAAUUUUUUCUCUGAGAAAAACAACAACAUGCGAGCCUUCCUCCUUUUCUUCCUCAGUGAGAUGCUUCUGCUGAGAUUGACUUUAACAACCACACUCAGAGGGCGAAGACAAAACAUGAAAGUGCGUAUCAGUGCUAUUGGAGACACUAUUAUAUUCAAGUUUUUACGGCCUCAUGUUCACAACAGAUUGGAGGGAUACAUACUGGGCUAUGGCAGCAGCAUGUUCUCCAAACAGUUUAUCCAGCUACCCGAGGAUGGACAACCCUAUGAAACAGAGAUAGACGCUGAGCCCAAAUAUCUGCUCGCAUUGCAGUCAGUGAAAGCUGAUGAACCUAAGAAGCAGUGCACAGGCAAAGUGAAUCUAGAGAAACCAUUACACCUUGUGAUUGGCUCAGUAUCACCGUCCUCCGUGCUGCUGUCCUGGGGGACACUACUCACAACCCCCUUCAUGGAUUCUAUUCUGGAUGAUUGUAUUGAUGAGGGUCAGUUCACAGUGCGCUAUAGAGAAAAGGAACCCAGCGAUACCUGGAAUUACCAGACCUGUCCAACAAGCAGCACUGUCAUCGACAAACUCAAACCAGAUGCUCUGUAUGAGUUUGAGGUCAGAGCAGACACCAACACCACUAGUGGAGUCUGGAGCCCACCAGUCAUCCAUAACACAUCUGAUCAAAUCAUUCAUGAGCCAAUCGAGAAACGUAAUCAAACAAAGCCUGAGAAGCCAGUCAGAGCAGGUCAACCAUCAUUCUUGCCCCCAGUGCCAGGAGCAGGGCAUCCCAUGGCAUCUACUAUCUCUCCCGAUGAUCUGACCACCUCUACCCAGACCUUUACUCCCACUUAUACACUUAUCAUCCUGCCCACAACAAAGACCUCAAGCACAGUUGAACAACCCAACAUUCAGCCUAGUACAACCGAACCAGAUCAUCUCACAAAGCAACAGCAUAUUAACCUAAGCCCACAACAACCUACAACAACCCAUCAACCCAGCUCGACCCUUCAACUAACCAACACUUCAGCACAUAGCACAACCCAAACACCAAUUAGUACAACCCAAGUAUGUUCCACCAAAAUACAGAUACCUACCAAAGAACAACCACAUACUACCAAGCAGCAAACGAUCACAUCCCAGCAAAUGUUUAGUGAAACAACAUCAAACCCCACACCAACACAAAAUCCACCUACAAUCAAACCACUUCACCUAAUCCAACCCCAACAACACACCACAAACAAAGUCCUAUCUAGCACUGUCCAGAACAAUCCCAACCCCUCUAAAGACCAAGACACCAUAAGUCAAGACAGUCACCAUACAGGACAAAUCCAGCCCAGCACCCUUCAUUCACAAGGCAUGUCAAAACACCAAAUCAGUGACACUUACUAUUUUCUAAGAACCACCUCUCACUAUCCAUCCACUGCAAUCACACACUUGAAACAACAGACAAACACCAAACCACAAUCAAGAACACAGAUUUAUUUGUACACAAGUAGCCAUUCUCCAACAACUACAUCUUUGACUCCACCCAUUACUUCAGCAAACAGGCAGGAUAGUUUUCUGUCACUACAGAAGACUGAUGUUAGCAAACAACCAAUAUAUACUACAUCAUCAUCCAUCCCUAAAGAAUAUUCUACAAACCAACUUCCUACUUCUGAAGAACCACCUCUUUCUGACAAUGAACAAGAGCUGACUGCACAACCUAUUCAGCUAGUCACCACCUUUCGGUACCAGCGCCAAUCCAGCACCACAACACAGCAUUCCAGCAAGGCUAAACAGCAAGCUCGCACUGCUAAAUAUAAUCCAAAAACUCAACACCAGGUUGCAAAACUACUUCCCAACCCUAAAGAACAGUUGCCAACCCUUAAGCCCCAAAAGUCAAAGCCUUUAAACAAAUAUAAUGCCAUUCAAAACUCCCCUGUGGCAGAGAGGGUAACAGAGAGGAAGAAUCAACCAAGUGGACAAAUGGCAAGUUCCCAGCCAAGGGACCAACAGAUACUGUCACAGCCAGCACUUACAAAUGAGGCGGCCACUAGGAACCAGGGCAGAGGUAUCUUCUGCAACUCUUCUUCUGUUUCCUGCCCCUUGGCAAGCAAUGUAACACUGAGGCCUCAUGCUCGUGUCCCUCCAAAUCUCCCUGCAAAGGCUUUCAAGUCACCACUUGUGUAUCGAAACACCACCCUCAACAGGAAAAGGGUGCCCAGUGGUGAGCAUCGUUUAGGGCUUUUGGGACCCAGAACUCCGAAGGGACCCAGAAAGCAUCUGGUGAAGACAAAGCUGAAUCAGGCCUUAGAGACUAAAGAAAAAGAAAAGGGUAUUGAUCUGAAGCAGGUGGGCCCAGUGCCACUUCUGAAACCUCUAGCUCCUCCCACUACUGAAAAAACAGCCAGUCGAGAGUCUACAACAACAACACCACAAUCUGCUUUUGAUGGGAGUCGUUUUGAGACUGGUGAUAACUCCUCUGUGUUCAGCCAUCAUCCCGCAUCUGAGGUGGAUGCAAUGGGCAAGAAACGUUUCGUAGCACCUCACGUGAUCUAUAAAACUGACAAACGUCCGGAAGAGCCCUGCUCCGUUACUCACUCGCUCAGCUUCUUUCCUGAUGAGGAGAUGGGAUACUUGAAUGUCACUGGCCCACCCAAGACCCCUCCCACUAACCUUACUGUGAUUACAGUGGAGGGAUGUCCCUCUUUCAUCAUCCUUGACUGGGAAAAAUCAGACAACGAGACAACAGAAUAUGAGGUUGUUUCCUCAACCAAGGGUCCUCAUGGAGAGGAGGUGUUCAUCCAGACAACAAAUCAAACACAUACAGCUGUGGAGAACCUGAAACCGGAAAGCAGUUAUAAAUUCAGAGUGACACCCAAGAAUGAGCUUGGUUCAGGGCCAGCCAGUGAUCUAGUCAGUUUCAGUACAGAGUCGGCGGAUCCUCGUGUGAGUGAGAAACCCACGGGUAAAACUGCCAUCUGGUCAUCGUUUCCGUUCAAGGCAGACUCGUAUUCCGAGUGCAAUGGGAGGCAGUUCAUAAAGCGAACUUGGUACCGCAAAUUUGUGGGUAUCCAGUUAUGCAAUUCUCUUAGAUACAAGAUCUACCUGAGUGACUCUCUCACUGGGAUGUUCUACAAUAUAGGAGAUCAAACAGGCUAUGGGGAGGACCACUGUCAGUUUGUUGACUCGUACCUGGACGGACGAACCGGGGGUCCUCUUCCACCAGAACUGUUACCACCCAAACAAGGCUAUUUCCGGGCUAUGCGUCAAGAGCCUAUCAUGUUUGGGGAGAUUGGAGGAAAUUCCCUGAUCAACUAUGUGGCCUGGUAUGAGUGUGGGAUCCCCAUUCCUGGGAAGUGGUAGGACCUAGAGGUUCAGACGGAAUACACGACUGAUAUGAAACAUCAGUUCACAAGAGAAGCGGUGUAAUGCAAGAUUCUAUCCCCUUGCAGAAUUCUAUCCUUUUUGGACCCCAAGAGGUAGCUGUGUAAUGCCUGUUCAAAGUCGUAUAGAGAUUGUGAUGUUAUAAAUAAUCAAAAAAGCCUUUCUGUUUCUUUUUUGUAGCAGUGGAAGCUACAAAUAGAAAUAGUAGGUCUACAAAUAUGUAAACUUAAAGGGAUAGUUCACCCAAAAAUGAAAAUUCUCUCAUUGUUUACUCACCCUCAUGAUAUCCCAGGUGUGAAUUACUUUCUUUCUUCACCAGAACAUAUUUGAAGAAAAGUAUUUUAGCUCAGUAGGUCCUUAAAAUGCAACUGAAUGGAGAUUUCUCUUUUGAAGCUCCAAAAUUCACAUACAGUCAGCAUAAACUUCAUCAAUACAACUCCAGCAGAUAAAUUAAUGUCUUCUAAAGCGAUACGAUCAAAAUAACUUUGCUGUAAGUGUAUCAGAGCUUUAAACUUACAAACUGACCAAAUAACUUGUUUAGGUAUAUGCUAGGCCAGAAGGCUAAUCAAUUUGUGAGAUGCUAAGCAAGCAGGCUAAUCAGCUAGCGCUACUCUGAGCUACAGUAGUAGGUGUAUCGGCUGAUGACAUUAUAAGCUAGUAGGCCAACCAUUAACCAUUUCGGUUAUAUAAUAUGAUAUGUGAAAUCUUUUUUAGAAGACAUUCAUUUAUUAUAUUACAAUUUUGUGGGAUUUAUUAUCAGGCACCAUUAUAAGUUCUUUCAGCCAAUAGAAUCGCAUUGGGUUCAAGGGGGAUUGGAUUUUGGGGAGAUAGAAUCUUGCACAACACCUGACUUCUUACAUUAUCAAUGUGUAUACAGAUUAUGUAGACUGAAUAUGCAUCUAUGAUUAAGUAUGGUCUAUAUUUUCAGUUAUCAGUCACAUAUAAAAGGAUGUAUAUGCUCAAGCAGUGCAUUAAACAAAGAAAACAGAAUAUAUAAUAUUGCUAUUAAGUGCAAGAAGUUUGUUUUUUGAGAAUAUAGGUAAGCAGGCUCCCUCAACAGCUAAAGCAAUGCAUAUAUUAUUUAUCAAAAUGUUGGAAAUUAAACUAUGUUUACCAAAAUGAAACAGUUAACUGUUUGUUUGUACAUCAUGCUUUCUAAAACAAAAAUUAAACACCUGCCCAUCUGAAAAGAUGUUCUGGGUUCAGGAAGUUAAACUUUAUAGACAACAUCAGUGACAUACUCUUGCUUACAACAGACAAUAAUUUUGACUCAUCCCUUAGCUUGUGCAGUAAUGCACCUACAAUGGGAGUUUAAAAGCUAAAAUGUGCAUCUGAUAUUUUUUUUAUUAGUUUUGAGCAGUAAAGUUCGUUGUGGGCCUGUGAAAAUUGUUCUAAGCAAAUUGACUUCUGUUUUCCAUUACUGAUGUAAUUCCUGUCAACAGACACUUGCUGAUAUCCUUCUGCGUAGCACACUAUGUUUGCCAGCUGAAAAGUUUUGAAAGAUUGGAAAUAACUUGCACGGGAAAGAGUAGCAAUCGAUUCUACCAAUGUCUCAUGUUAACAAUGUUUCGAAAGUAUAGCCACACAGAAUUAUAACAUUUAUUCCGGUGCGAUGACCCUAGACUUCCAUUAUAAGUGCAUUUAUUCUACAAAAAUGUUUGCUUGUUUUCACAAACUGAGCAAUGGGUCAACUGCUACAGAUGGAGUUUAAAAUGUAUUGAAUCCAGAUAAUUUCUUUGAGCUGAAUGUCAAUGCAAGCUUGUGAAUUUUAAGACUAGGUAAUGUACUGUACAUUUCGCUUAAAGUCUUAACAUUUUCAUUGUGUAAGUGUACCUUGUUUCAAUGUCAGGAAUUAAACAUCACAAGGAUGUCUAUUAUGUGUUUUGUACAGAAGUUCAAUGACCCAUGAUUUCCAAGGAAGGCACCAAAUAAAACUUUUACAUAAAUGUGUGGUUUGGAAUGAAUCUGCGCUACCAAUAAAAGCAUCAGUUACAGCCUACCAGUUAUUUUUUUAUAAUUUGUUUCUGACCACCAAUAAUCUUGAGAUCCAGAAGAGCAUUCUAAUGUGAAAAAAAUCCAUUAAUAAAUAAAUAAA